AUGCCUAGUCCAGUAUGGGAAUACUUCACCAUUGAUGAAACAAAAGCUGUACGUCAACUAUGUGAUUAUGAGCCCAAAGUAUUCACUUCAAGAAGCGAAAAGCAGGAAGAAGUUAAGGCAGACGCUUCAGUUUCAGGAGGUGGAUCGUAUAUAGAAGUCAGCACUGCAGGCGUUUACAAUACAAAUACAACUACAGAAAUCUCUCGAGUUUCAAGAGAAGGAUCACAUAUGGAAUUCAUCACUGCAGACGUGUAUAGUGCAAAUACAACUACAGGAAUAUCUCCAGUUUCAGGAGAAGGAUCAUAUAUAGAAGGCAGCACUACAUGCGUGUGUAGUACUAAUACAACUACAGAAAUCUCUCCAGUUUCAGGAAAUGGAUCAGAUAUAGAAGGCAGCACUACAGACGUGUAUAGUGCAAAUACAACUACAGAAAUAUCUCCAGUUUCAGCAGAAGGAUCAUAUAUAGAAGGCAGCACUACAGACGUGUAUAGUCCUAAUACAACUACAGAAAUAUCUCCAGUUUCAGCAGAAGGAUCAUAUAUAGAAGGCAGCACUACAGACGUGUAUAGUGCAGCUACAACAACAGACAUAUUCAGGAGAUGGAUCGUAUGUGGAAGUCAGCACUAA